GAUCCUGGUUAGUGACACAACGUGUCCUCCAACUAAUAAAUUAAGAUAUUUAUUAUUAUUAUUAUUAAUUAUUAAUAUUAUUAUUUUUUGAUGUGAUACUGAAAUUCCAAUCCCCUUCCCAUCCAUCCUCCGAACACAAAAUUACCCAACCCUUCUUUUCCCUUCAAUCAAUCAGAUCUAACCAAAUUGUAAUCUCGUUUACACUCUCAAAUCCUAAUUGCAGUCGGUAAGGUUUAUCUCCAUUCGCAAGCACACGAGUCUUCGGUUUUUCUAAGAUUUGUAGCGUCAGGGCUCAACUGUGUGUGUAUUUAUAUACUGCUUGAGAGCAUCGUUGCAUCGUUGUGGUAAGAGAUCUUUUUCGGGGGUAAGGAUGAUGUGGAGUUCGAUAGCAAAUUUGAAGGAGAACCUGAAUAAGAUCGCACAGGAUGUGCAUGACGAUGAAGAUGAUGACGAACUCGAUAUCAAUGGUUUCAAUGGAAGCGAAGCGUCGCCGGUCUUUGAUCGGAGAAAUUCACAUAGUUUUGCGCAUUCAAAGUCAGCUUCUCGAUCGUCGCUCGCGAACGGGAUCGAUUCCCCUACUGCUAGUCCUGAGAUUGACCAUUACAAAUCAGAAAUUAAGAGGCUUCAGGAAUCUGAAGCAGAAAUUAAAGCACUAUCAAUAAAUUACGCAGCUUUGUUGAAGGAAAAAGAGGAUCAAAUAUCCAGAUUGAAUAAAGAAAAUGGAUCAUUGAAACAUAAUUUUGAAUCAACUACUGCUGCUUUAAAUGUGUCUAGAAAUGAAAGUCGCAAGGUCUCAACAAAUGGAGCGAAUUUUUUGAAGGAGAAUUCACCCAAUCGGCAACAUAAAUUCACAAGUCAAGCGAAAAACAGAUAUUCUGGAAAUCAAGUGCAGAAUGGUGUUGUCUCUAAACAGGAUGGAGUGAACAAUGGAUUUACAAAUGAGGAGUUUGCAGAUUUGCUAGAAGAGAAUAAUAGGUCGUCAGCUGCUGCAGCGCAGGCCACUGCUGAGAUUAGACAAUUGCAAUUGGAACUUGAAAAGGAACGUAAUAAUCAUUCUGAUUUACAACUGAAAUUAGAAGAGGAAAGAAAGCUGAACGAAUCUUUCCAGAAGGAGAUCAAAUUGCUAAAAAUGGAAAAGGACAAGUCCUCCCUUGAGUCAAACAAAGUACAAGAUGAGCUGAAUGAGAAAAUAUCCAUGGUAAAAAGACUGCAAAUGGAGCUGAAUAGAAAAGAAGCUGAAGGUGCUGAUGACAUCGUGGAGAAUUUAAAAAAAUCUAUUACAACCCUAGAAAAGGAAAAUGCUAGCCUUAAGAUGGAGAAGAAUGAUCUUAAGGCUACUAUGGAGAUGAGCAGGAAGCCAAUUGAUGAAAAAUUACUGAAGGUAGAGCCAUCAGCAAAUUUUACUGGGAAGGAAGAAAUGGAGCUAUCUCUUCAAAAAUUGGAUGGAGAGAUGAAGGAAGCACGUCGCGAAAGGGAUAAAGCCAUACAAGAGUUGGCACGUCUUAAACAGCAUUUGUUAGAAAAGGAAUAUGAGGAAUCUGAAAAAAUGGAUGAGGACAGCAAAAUUAUUGAAGAACUACGAGAUACUAAUGAAAACCAGAAGGCACAUAUCUUAUAUUUAGAGAAAGCACUGAAGCAGGCCAUGGCAAAUCACGAGGAAGUCAAGGUGAUCACCAACAAUGAAAUUCAUAAGUCAAAGGAACUUAUUGAUGACCUUAAUAAGAAACUUACAAACUGUAUGAGCACCAUAGAAGCCAAAAAUGUUGAACUUAUAAAUCUUCAAACUGCUCUUGGCCAAUAUUAUGCUGAAAUUGAAGCUAAGGAACAUCUAGAAGGAGAUUUGGCUCAUGCUAAAGAAGAAGUGGCUAAGCUCUCUGAACUGCUGAAAAAUGCAGAUAUUCAAGCUGAGGUGUCAAAGCGGGAAAAUGAUGAAAUUUUGUCUAAGCUUUUGCAAGCUGAAAGGACCCUAACAGAUUGGAAGGGCAGAGUAAAUAAACUGGAGGAAGACAAUGCAAAAUUACGGCGUGCUCUUGAGCAGAGCAUGACCAGGCUUAAUAGAAUGUCAGUGGAUUCAGAUUUCCUUGUUGACAGACGCAUUGUUAUCAAAUUACUAGUUACUUACUUCCAAAGAAACUACAGUAAGGAGGUUUUGGAUCUUAUGGUUCGAAUGCUGGGUUUCACUGAUGAAGAUAAACAAAGAAUAGGUGUUGCUCAACAAGGUGGAGGAAAAGGUGUAGUUCGAGGAGUUUUGGGUUUCCCCGGCCGUCUGGUUGGUGGCAUCUUGGGGGGAAGUUCUGGCCAAGUACCCACUAAUGCAGCAACUGAUAACCAGUCCUUUGCAGAUUUGUGGGUUGAUUUUCUUCUUAAGGAAAGUGAAGAAAGAGAGAGAAGGGAGGCCAUGGAUGCUGCUGCUUCUUCUGCACAGGACAGGGAAGAGUUACAUAGAGGUGCAAACAUGGCAAAUGUUUCACCAACCAAGCCUGAGCCUAUAACAAACGUCACUUCUACUGGAUCUGGUUUCUCGAGGACAAAUUUAUUCCCAAGCCAAAACAGUACAAGCCCUUUUCCCUACCGAGGUAAUAGUGGUAACUCUGAACAUUCUGAUUCUGAGUUCUCAACAGUGCCUCUCUCAUCCUCGGAUAGCAAUUUUCAAAGCAACAGGCUGCUCAACAGAUAUUGAAUAUGAAAAUAUGUUCGCAUAUUGUAAUUAAUCAGAGGUAUAGAUUAAUAUUUGUUUGACAUUAAUCUUUGUUCAUUCAAUUCUUUCUUCAUACGAAUGAGUUUGAUCAGUUGCCUGGUAUUUUUGUUUGAAUGGAUACGGUUAUUUUGUUUGAGUGGAGGCCUGAUAUUUCUUUCCCAUUUAAAUUGGGGGAGAGUUAUCUGCAUUUUGGAACUGCUCAAGAAAUCAUUUACACCCACAUGAAUAUAUGCUUAGACCUUAGUGUUGUGCUGCUUCAA